ACUGUGCUCGCAUCAGGGCUCCCUACUUUCGCAAUCGUCGUUUUCUAUGUGUGCCAUCUCUGCGUUGGAUGGUUUGGAGCAAUUUACUUCAGAAUGUUGAUCCCGGCGGUGCCGACGACUCCCAUCAUCUCGCCUGCGUGACUUUGUCGGCGUGACUAUUGAUUUACGCGUACGUGCGCUUGUUUGCUGUCGGAGUUCGUGCUCAAGAACUACGCGGGUUCUACAGCAUUUGCUGGUCGACUGUGCUGUGUCGCGCCCCGCACAAGUCGCUGCUUAGAAUCGGUAAGCAUUUGUGACAGCACGCAUACUGUAAUAUGGAGCAUGCCAGAGAGUUCGGAGAUCCCGAAGUCCUGCUCCUCGCCGAAGAUCACAUCAUUCUCAAACUGGAAACUGCUUGGUCGCGGGACAUGCCUGUUCCAGAUGGACUCUCCUUCGCCGACGACGACGGCCUCCUUCUGGUCGCGACACGCAGAUCUCUGGUUUCUGCAUGGCAGAGGACGUUGCUACGCGAGGCGAGGGUCUCGAAGGCCCUGUUCUGCGCUUGCGCGCCCUUCGAUUCCUCGGACCUCUACGCCAGAGCCGCCAGCGAGGUACUCCGAGACGCCGUUGACAUAUGCAUCGUUCACAACAGAGACAAGAUCUACAAGAUUAUUCGCAUGUUCCCGAACGUCAGGACGAUCGCCCUGCUGCAUGACCUUACCACACACGUCUUGGAAUUGGACGAGCCGUGCAGAGACCGUUUCGCACCGCUUGUCGAGAGAUGCCAGCUUAGGCAGCUGGUGGGAAACGAUGGCAGCCGAUGCAAUGGCAGCCUUCAUCUGAGUCGCGAGACUACGCUCGCGCUCAUACGCACUUGUCCUGAUGUGCAUCGUAUCGACUCCAUUUGGGUCAUGUAUUGCUUCAUGGGGCCGUAUGGCUUGCACUCCUCAUCUGAGGGCCAGAUAGCCAAGGGCUUCACCUACCUCUUCCUGAACUCCCAGAACAUGUCAUGCGUAGGGAUACCGAACACAGCAACAGCAGCCGACGUUGCAGUUGCUGCAAAAAAAUUUCCCUCCAUCGAAAAGUUACAGGUGGUUGUGACCUCGCUGGACGUGCUCACCAAGUUGUCGACCUUCCGCAACCUCCGCAGUCUCAUGGUGGCGCUCAGUUGCGGCGUUGCAUACGCCGACGUGGAUUUUGAACUGGAGAGGCUGCUUAAAAGACUGCCAGGCCUGGAGGAGCUGGAUGUAGGGCUAUGUAGCGGUUUGCGUCUCUCCACGAUCGGUAGGCUGUGCCCUAAGCUCAAGGUUCUGAGGAUCGUGACCUGCGUGGGGUCCAGUGAAGACACACCAGUGGAUGGGGAUGCAUUCCCCAAUCUGGAAUGCGUCAACAUUAGUAUGCAUGUCCUGAGGAUGGCUUUCAACUCAUUCUUGGCUGCCACCCGCUUCACGCUUCGCACUGCGUUCUUCGACGACGACAGCAUGUGCUUCGAGUUUCUGCAAUACUGCGUACGGUUCGGUAGACGCCUGCCAUUUCCGCGCCUCGAACACCUGACCUUGGACACGAAGCUGUCCUUGCGCAAAUUGGAAAUUGAGCCCAGCUGGUUGGGCGACUUGCUAAAGGCCUUGCCCGCACUUCGACACCUGGCCACGAACAGCUACGACCUACGUCUGUUCUUCGAGAACAACGGCGUUCCACGUGGCCGUGUGUCAUUGUCCUGGAUCGGAUGCGUCUACUGUGCAGUCCACAAGCCGGAUAACGACAGGUGUUCGUGAACGGUGGCUCGGGGACAUUUUAGCUCUGCCUCAGCGACAGACAUUCCAGACACGUAUGGUGGUUCGUCUUCAAAGUGUUAGCGUUUCUUAAACGGGGUUACAACUACCAUUAACAAGUAGGAGUUUUCGGACUGUGCUCGUAACUUUCCGCGUUUGCUGAACUUUCAUGAAUAUCACUACACAUUUCAAUCUAUCAAGAACCUCAAUGUGUGUCCGACGUUCCCACUAUGGCACUACUAUGUUCCAGAACGUUUGAAUUGUACGCAGCGCUGUUUCGUUGCAGAACGUGCAUUUUUCGCGGAAAGCAUCAUCGAAUACGUAAACUUCUCAUAGCGGCGCCAAAGGCAGCAGCUAAACUGUGUUUUACACUAUUGAACUUAUUCUACCUUGCUCAGUAUUGAAUGCAAUUAUUGAGUAAGUUAUAAUAAAAUUUUGGAUUAUUGAAUGUACAGGUAGAAGCUUCCUUAAAGGCUUAAAAAAGCAAAAUGCUAGAAAGCAAUCUGGGUUGGAGCAAUAUUUUUCUCUGCUCACUUUGCUCCUUUCCGCUUUGAUGCUGAAGCGGGCAGCGGCUGUGACUGCUUUGUGAUGCUCUGGUGCGCGGUCGGUCACAAACAUGUGAAGGCGGCCUCAAGAAUGGUGACAUUUUCCUGCGAGUUGAAACUUUGACAGCAGCAUUUCAAGAUCUUGGUGCACACGAGCACAAAUAAUGUAAUCAGAACGCACAGCACGCAGAUGGAACACAGCUUUUCUGAAUUUGUCCCAUCAGGUGGCGGUGCUUUUGUUCUUUUUCGCAUAAAGCAAUGCAACUUAUACACUAUGUUGAUCAUUCUAGCGUGAGAACGUUGUUCUGUAUGUACUUCAUGAUUCUCUCGGCCGUCGGCCGAUAUUGUGGCAGAGUGAUUCCUAUCGCAAUCUGUAGUUUGGUGCUUUCUCUUUGACCGACAAACAGUGUUGAGCGUAUAUUGCUUUCUGUUUUAUAUGUAUAUAAAUGUUAUACAUAAAGUUCAUUGCCUCCUGGACAGGAGAUUCGGGAAGCGCGCCCAUUUUCGGGUCGCCGUUUAUUCUUGUUUUGUAAUAUUUCUUGAUACUCUUUCCAAAAGCUGUUGACCUCUUUAUGCGUGAAAGAUCGAGAAAUAAAUUUGCAUUAGCUGUGCU